UUGCCGUCCUCGUUCUAUUCACCCACACAUAUGGCUCUUGUCAGUGACAUUUGUGUAUCUUUUUUUAUCAUUUUGUUAAGUUAAUGUUAAAAGUUAUUUGUGAUAAUUGUUAAGAAUUUUGAAAAUAGUUUGAUUUUUAUAAGAAAAUGUCCAAUUUCCAUCGAAUCGAAGUCAAUAAAACUGUUUGGGAGGUACCUGUUAGGUAUCAGAAGCUUUCAACAGUGGGUUCAGGUGCAUACGGACAAGUUUGUUCCGCAGAAGAUACAUUAACGAAUACAAAAGUAGCAAUAAAGAAACUAGCCCGUCCAUUUCAAACAGCUGUACAUGCUAAAAGAACUUACAGGGAGCUAAAGUUGUUGAAGCAUAUGAGACACGAGAAUGUUAUAGGAUUGUUAGAUGUUUUUUAUCCCAAGCACGAUAAUAGUCAGAUAUAUUUAGUUACACAUUUAAUGGGCGCUGAUUUGAAUAACAUAAUCAGGACCCAGAAGCUAACAGAUGAUCACGUGCAAUUCCUAGUAUAUCAAAUCCUCCGCGGGCUCAAGUACAUUCAUUCAGCGGGAGUUAUACACAGAGAUUUGAAACCUUCGAACAUAGCCGUAAAUGAAGACUGCGAGUUGAAAAUAUUAGAUUUCGGAUUGGCUAGACCGACGGAAACGGAAAUGACCGGCUACGUGGCAACUAGAUGGUACAGAGCGCCCGAAAUAAUGCUGAAUUGGAUGCACUACAACCAAACUGUCGAUAUUUGGUCUGUGGGAUGUAUAAUGGCUGAAUUACUGACGGGAAAGACGCUGUUUCCUGGCACCGAUCAUAUUCACCAAUUAAAUCUUAUAAUGGCGCUUUUGGGAACACCCAGUGAAGAGUUUCUACAGAAAAUUACUUCUGAAAGCGCGCGAAACUACAUCCGAUCCCUGCCGCACAUACCCAAGAAAGAUUUGCACCAGUACAUAAUCGGAGCGAACCCCUUAGCGAUAGAUUUGCUCGGGCUCAUGCUGGAACUCGACAGCGAGAAGAGGAUAACCGCGGAGCAGGCGCUGGCGCAUGCGUACCUCAAGUCGUACGCGGACCCGAACGACGAGCCGACUUCCGCGCCGUACGAUCAGAGCAUCGAAGACAUGAAUUUGCCCGAGGAGAAGUGGAAAGAAUUGGUGUUGCAGGAAGUGAAUUCCUUCGUCUAUAUUCCUCCACAAAAUGAUGAUUAAAGUUAGAAGAAAAAAAAAAGAAUCUAAAACGUUCAAUCUAGAGUGUAUUGUACAAAUAUAUUAUUUACAUCGAUUUUAAUUUUAUAUUUUAUUGAUUUUUUUUAGUUGAAAUAUAAAAAAUGAGUUCUAAAUUUUUAUGUACAUAGCGAGUAUACUACAUUUUGUUUUAAUUAUAAUCAAUUACACAAAAAUAAUUCCUUAAUUUAAUUAGGGUCUGAUGUGAAGUAUUUUAUUUUCUAAUCUACCCGAGUAUACAAUUAUUUAUAGAAAAUAAUUUAACUUAAAAUAAAAUACUGUUCAUAAUAAAGAUUUAUAAAACUAAUCACAAGUCUUUAAUUGGAUUAAUUACAUCACAUUUACUUUUUACACUUUGCUGCGUCGUGCAACUUCUUCCACAGGUCAUAUUGUUCGGAACUUUUCACCAUAUGUAUGCUAAUUUCUUUUUGAAUGUUACAAGGAGUGAAGGAAAUGCGCUUGUUAAUGAACUCCGGCACGUGCACCCGUUUGAUGUUCAAUCCGUUCGCAACGAUUCCAGUAACAAAAACGUCUUCGAGCUUAAAAUACGUGUAGUUCAACGACUUCUCGUAAAGCUCCUUGGAUAUAUGAGCUGGAAACAAAUACGCAGGACCCGUAGUGAAAUCUGGAAAAACCGUUGGUUUGUAUUGUUGCGGUGAAAUAUAGUACUUGGAUUGCUUCCUCCUAAUCGGUUUCCAUUUCCUGGCCAACCGGCCGUAAAUUACUCGUUCUUCAGGCUUAUGUUUAGCUAUAAAAGCCAGCAAUCGCGACACGUUUAUAAACAUAUCAUCAUCUGUCUUAAGUACGAAUUGUGCUUUGGAACAACGCUUGUUCACCCAUUCGAGCAUCGAUAUGGUCUUAAGAGUAAGAUUGUCGUAUGUAUCUAUAAAUUUUCCUCUAAUAAUAUCACCGUAUAUUUCCUGUUCUUUUUCUAUCCUAUCGUUUACAGUCUGAUUCGAAAUGGUUCCUAACAUAAAAGCUAUGACUAUGUCUUUUCUUAUAGCAAAAUGACCCCACGUUUCUCUAACAGCUAAUCUGGCACUUUCAUGACUCGGCGCUGACGUUAUGGCUAUCAGCAGUUUCACAUCUUUUCCCAUGUUCGAGCAAAUCUCUGACGUGUGAUGCAUGUGACCGGCCUCGUAGAUCUUCUCCGCAGCCAC